ACGUGCACCGUCUGUCACAACACAAUCACUCUGGCUGCGAUCAGCAACAACAGAUGUCACAAGCCACCCCACCACCCAACACCAAACAAGAAGUGGAAGCAAGUGACAAGCAGCGCAAAGCAGCGCAAAGCAGACCAAGCAAGCAGGAGGGCAUUCUCCCCUUGUUCUUUGAUGGCUGCUGGAGGUGGUGAAGCGUUCCACAAGGGUUCCUAGCGUGCUAACUGAGCCAGCCAUCGACACAAAGCGUCACGCACACACCCGAACACACACACACACACACCCCAACUGGACGAUACGAAACAGCACUGUGUGCGUGUGCGGAGAGACUGAGAGCUUGAGAGGGGAGAAGGCACGGCAUGGCCUCCUUCCUAGCACCUACAGUGGCGGUGUGGUGGCGUGCCGCUGCGCUGUCUGUUCUGUUCUCCAUCCUGCUUGCUUCCAGCAUCCAUGCUCUCUCCGCCCAUGACCUCUGCUACCAAGUCUCGUGGGACCUUGCACGGAAGGAAGGCCCGCGACGACAAUUGGUACGCCCUGUGGUGCGCAUCCCAGAGAACCACACCCUCACUACUACCGUGUGCGGAGAAACACACAGCGCAGGCGACCCCAUCCCAGCUGCAGGCAUGUGGUCACCCACAGGCCGUAUCAGCAGCGGGGGAGACUGCGAACAAGUGGACAGCGGCAAACUCUUCUACGCAUACAACUAUCCACGCAUCUUCUCAUCCAACACGGGGUUUGAGCAAGACAACACCAACGUCCUCUAUUUCAUCAUCGACGACAAUGACACGCUGUCCUUUGUGCUGACCAACGAUCGUCCUGGCGACGUAGCGGAUUCAGAAGACAAUGGCGCGCUUCUCAUGCGCAUUGUCAGCCCUGACCUUGGCGUUGACAACGGGCACGACCCUGUCCUCAUCACGCUGGAGGACGAUGAAAACUCGGACGCGCCAGAUUGCUCGCAGUCUGCCAAGGACUGCUACAAGUGGGACCCACAAGACGCAACUGGCGACUUCUUCUGGACUUGGAGCUGGUGCUGUACGGACGGGAUGGUGUUGCAUCCACUCCCGCCGUCCGGGUUCAGGUUCAACCUCCUCUUCCGCCGUUCGUCUGGGCUGGAUCAGUUCAGCUUCGCGUCCUACAACCAGGAUGACAACUCUCUCAGCUUUGUCCAAUUUGACGUGGAGGAAGUGCUGCAGGAAGGCAUUGAGAUCCACGCGUUCACGUGUGACAACUAUUGCGCAACCAAGGCAUCGUGCGGCGAAUGCGCGGCCACAGACGGCUGCGCGUGGUGUGGUGCAACUGCAACAUGCAUCCCCAACGAAGAGGAGAGUACGUGUGCCAGUGAGUUCACGGGGACCUCAGAGUGCUGCCCGCACUGCUCCGUCUUUGACAACUGCUUUGCAUGCACGCAAGAGCCCGGCUGCGGCUGGAGCUUCGAUCACGGCGCCUGCCUCAGCGGAACACGCGAUGAUGGCCUGUGUGAGAAUGCUCAGUGGUCAAGCAUCUACCACGAUGCUGUGCUUGCUACUUGCGACACACCUCUGGGCCCAGUGCUCGGCACCCCAAACGAAACAGUCAUCGUUGCUGCCGCGACCAACACGCCUGUGGAAGCGUGGUGCAGUGGCCAUGGCACCGCUGACUUUGGAUACACCAAUGAAUGUACUUGCGAGUACGGCUACUGGGGAGACGACUGCAGCUCCGAGUGCCCCGGAGGCGCGAGCAAUCCUUGCAACGGCAAUGGCACCUGCGACACCUCCACAGGCACCUGCUUUUGUGACUGCGGCUUUGCCGGCUCGGACUGCUCUCAGCAAGGCUGCCCCUGCCAGGAGACUGGACCCGACGACCUUGACGUGUGCUACCUUGGGCUGCUGGAAAACGGCUGCACGGUCGUGUGCGGCGUUGCCAUCAACGAUACCUGCACUGCAACGGAUGCCACCAAGACCUCCAACGGCCGUUCGGUUGCUGGAUCGCCCUGUGCAUGUGCAGAUGGUUGGUGGGGACCAACGUGCAGUGAACCCUGCCCCGGAAUCGGCCAAGACGGCACCGGUGAAGUGUGUGGAGGGCUUGGCACGUGCAAUGUUGAGGACGGCACGUGCACGUGCGACGCCUGUGCAGAAGUGGAUGGAGGUUCCGGAACGUGCGUUGCAAAGGAAUGUGUCGGCACGUGUGAGAAUGGCGGCCAGUGUGAAUGCGAUCCAGACACGGGCGAGGCCGCGUGUCAAUGCCCAGGAAACUUUGGUGGCCCAACUUGUAGCGACUGCAUGUGCGAGAAUGGCGCCACGUGCAACGAGUUGACUGGGGAGUGUGACUGUGCCAUGGGCACAAAUACGGUGGGCUCGCUGUGCCAAUUCUUCUGCACAAACGACAGCUUCUGCCACGGUCACGGAGCGUGCGACUAUGCGACCAAGACAUGCGCGUGUGACGACGACUAUGUUGGCAGCGGAGACGAGCAGUGCGCGUUCUACUGCCCGGCAGGGAAGUGCACCGGCAACGGCGUUUGCAACCCGCACACGGGCGAGUGCGAGUGCUUUGAAGGGUUCUUCUCCGCAGCCUGCGACAACCGCCCGCCAACAGUGACCCUUGUCACACCAACACAGGUGCCGCUCUCAGAAAACCCACAGGUCAUUGACGUGUGGGGUGAGGACUUUGCUGCCACAGAUGUGCUGGCCUGCAACAUUGGCGGUGUUGCCACAACGGCCUCUUUCAUCAGCACCGCGCACGUGCAGUGCGCUGCGCCCGACGUGCCGUUUCCCGGCCUGGUCAACGUCACCGUCACCAAUGACGGCGGAAACUUCAGCCAGCCCAAUGCCAACGCCACCACGUACCUCAGCAUCUCCACCUGCGACGUCCAGCCCUGCGCAACAACACCGGAGGGAUGGCUCUUCCACGUCAACACCAGCUUUGCUGCACCAGCUGCAGCAAUCCCAGCAGGGUACGUGGCAUUUGACAGCAACUUGAUGGACCAAGUCACCGCCGUCACCAUCAGCGCGCUUGAUCACUCGGGACUCAACAUCACCGCCUUCCUCGUCGGCGUCGCUGAGCACGUCAGCAACGGAGCAUCACUGCGGGUGUCCAUCCUGAACCAGGUUGCUGGACCCGUGGUGCUUGAGCUUUCGGGGGCAGCAGAGGCCGGCCUGGAUACGGGCACGUUCACCUUUGACGCACAGCCUGUGGAUGCCUUUGUUGGGCCAGUGCACCUCAACUUUGAGCAGGACGACCCUGUUGUGUUCCAUUUCAGCGAAACCGCGGCACUGCCGUGCCCCGCCAACGCCUCACGCACACUGCUGCUGGUGUCUGGCGCACAAAACGCGUUCACAACCGGCACCGAUCCCGCGUUUGGGCCCUGUGUUCGGGACGCGUGCUUGGCGUCGUCCGCACACCCUUCUGCAUCCUCGCCACCGUACUACUUUGAGGACGAGCCAGCCGUGAACGCGGCAUUCACCAAGGAGUGCAUCGUGCAACCAGUGUGUCCGGCGUUUUAUGAGCGCCCAAGUUCUGACCCCGACGGCGAGUGUGCGCCGCCAGUGCUCACCCGCCAGCUCACCUCCAUUGUGGUCACGAGGGACGUAGACCCGGCACUGGGCGUGAUCACCGCUGACAUUACUGUGCGUGAUGAGCCAGGGUUUGCCAUCUCCUUCACCCUCUUCGCUGCCGAAGCCCCGCCCACGCUUCACAGCUCCGGUGAUCCACCGGCUACCUGGCAGUACAUUGGCCAGGUCUCCCCCCUCGAUCCCACAUUCUCGCUCAGCAGUACCGGGCUUGCGUCGCCAGACGCGGCAUACUGGGUGGUUGUGCCCGCAACGUCGUCUCGCAACUACACGGAGUUUGCAGCGGCGUUUCCCAUCAUCGAUGUGGUUGGCCCCUGGGUGGGAGGCGAGCACGGCUCGCCACUGGAUGCAACGGACGGUGACCUGGCUGGGCCUGGCACAGUCACGCUCGAUGCAACCUUUGUGCGGGAUGCAUCGACUGUGGUGCUCAGCACCACCAGCGCGCAGGGCAACAACAUCACUGCGCAGCUGCAACCGCUGGUGGCGCGGAUUGAGCAGGCAGCGUCACCUUCAGAUGCGGACCCCUUCCUCACCGCGGCCGUGAACCCAGCAACGGGCCAACCACGCGCCGUGUACCUUGGCCUGCAUGAUGAAGAGGGUCAGGUGGCGGCUCUUCUUGUUCAGGGUGUCACUCCGCUUUUCAACGGCUCUGACACAUCAGCACCCGUGGCCUAUGCGUUCGAUGUUGUGCCAGUGCAUGAAUCCCCAGCUGCAAGUGCAGACCUGUUGCCUCCAUUGCAAUCUUCAUCGUCGCCCUCUUCCCUUUCCUUGGGGGAGAACGUGCUGCUCACGGUGCAGCCUGUAUCGCACCUGCACUGCCGGUUGGACGAACCGAGCAUCUAUGGCUGGACCCAUCGGACACAGCCAUCCUGCCUGGUUCCAACGCAGGCCUGCCUCUCCGAUGCACGGCUCAGCCCCAGCUGCAUCCACCAUGAUGUCUGCGUAGCGGGGACGGAGCGUGUGGCUGCGAGCGGGUCCAACGAUGCCAGUAGCGGGACAGCUGCGAGUGGUGCCAGCGCGCUGUGCAUUCUGCAUCGCCCGCUGGCGCAUGUCGCCAACAUCACGCUGUCCACGCCAGACCGCAGCGAGUACGCGGGCGUGUACGAAGGCCUCGUGUCCUGGGACGCGCCCACAGACACGCGCUACAUCCGCCAUUACGCGGUGUUUGCCGGCGACGUCGCAUCGGCUGGUCAUGGCCACCUUCCCAGCAUCGACGAAAACGGCGCGCCACUGCUGGCAGUCAUGGCGCCCGUGGCUGUGGUUGACCACCCCGUCACCAACAUCAACGUCACCCUCACACAAGGGAGCUUGCUCGCAGACGGCACCGUUGCCAUGCCCAACCUCACCCGAUCGCGGGUGUUUGUCUUCCCAAUCAACCUUGUUGGCAUGCCGUUCCUUGCGCCUGGCUUCGAGAACGCCACCAUCCCAGACGCCGCCUCGCUCGGCCCGCGCCCGUCCACACUGCUCUCCACCGGUGCGCCGGGCCUGGGUGACCUUGAAGACCUCAUUGCCCAUAUUGUUGAGGGCGGCAGUACCAGCGUCCUCGCGCACUCGCGCUGGAUCUUCAGCAACGACACGGACGCGAACGGAGCGCAGGCACACAACGGAACGGUGUCCUUCGAUGCGGCGAAUAGCGUGGCAGACGUGUCUCUUGUCACUAUUGCCAACGUGGAUGGUCUUGGCGAGAGUGCACGCACCCUUCUCGCUGCUGUUGCGGCCAAUGUCACGGCAGCGGCAACAGGUGAUGCUCGUCUGCUCUCCACGCAAGUUCGCUUGCUGCUGACCACAGCAGAUGAUGAGCGCCUGCUGUUUGCAGUUGACGCUGUGAUGGAGGGCAACAGCUCCACGCCAGGCAUGGUGUUUGCUGUGACUCCCAUCGGUGCACCGGACCACUCCGUUGGCACCGUGCUCUCCAAUGGUGAUCCACUUGCUCUCAUCUUCGGCACGGGGGACCUGACGCUGGGAUGUCCGCCUGGGUUUGUGCAAUCGCCCGACCUGGCCUGCAUAGCAGUACCGCAGCUCAUUGUUUCGCCACCGCUGCAAACGUCCGACGGUGACGAUGGAAGCAGUGACAGUGGCAGCACGACAUCACCGUCAUCUGUUCUGGAGGACACAUCUGUGUGGACGCUGUUUGGUGACUGGCCAUCCGCACUCGCAGACAUCAGCAGUGACAAUGAAGCCAGCGGCGGCAGCGACAACAGCAACAGCAACAACAACAAUGGCACGACACCGGUUGCAACGCCGGCAUCCGCAGUUGACUUGGGCAGCCUGUGUCAGUUUGGGAGCGGAAACCAAGAGCGGCUGUGCUGCGUUGCUGAUGACGGGCGAGUAUUUGGGCUUCCCAUUGCAGCACAAGGGCUGGUGUCUGCAGGGGAGAGCUUUGACGUGGCCUGGUUUGGCGCAAGUGCACCGAGGCUACCCAGCUGCCCUUGCGAUGAGCAAGUCCUUGCUCAGGAGGGCGUAUGUGUGACUGGACCCGUGUGUCCCGGCAUUUUGGUUCGAAACAGCACCGGCGCCUGUGUGCUACCGACCUUGGAACUCGACCUCAACGCAUUCUCCGACAGGAACAACACAUUUCAGGCCGUGGAUGGCCUGCUGUCCUUUAGCGUCGCAGGCCCACUCGAUGGCGUUGUGGGGUAUGAGCUCUGGGCCGUCACCAUCGGACACGACCUCACGAGUGACAGCAGUUAUGCCGUUGGUGAUGGUGAUGGUGAUGGUGUUGGUGGCGAACGAUCUUCUCUUCUUGACGUGCUGCUGCCGUCCUUGGUGGUGUUCUCGACGGCAGAUGCAAGCGAUCCAUCGCCACUGCCAGCGGCACAGGGAACGUUGGUGGCUGUGCUGUCUGCGGACGCACGCAGUGCUCAAGUCACACUGACUGGGCCAGCCGCUCUGCACACACACUUUGUGCUCGUGCCACUGGUGAGCGAUGCUCACCCCCAGGCGCCAGCAGCGCUUGGCAGCGACCAGCAGUGGCGCUUGCUCGACAGCGUGGCGGGCGUGCCGUUUGUUGACCACGGCGAAAGUAUGCCAACGCCUGGCAGUGGCGCCGGUCACGAAGCACCAUGGACCUUUGACGCAAACAUUGGUCUUGAAGGCGUUCCUGCUGGCGUCUUGCGCCUGGAUGAGCACACGAUCUCACCAGCCAACGGGCCCGUGCGCGUGGCUGUUGCCGCCGUGGAUGUCACCAACGGAGACGCGCUGCCGGACCUCAGCGCUGUUGUGACGGAACUGCAGAGGCGUCGACAGCUUGUGGACACCAGUGGCCUUGGCGACAACGACAGCGUGGCAUCAUCUAUCGCACCCCUGUAUUUGCUGGUUCGCAACGCGGAACAAGAGCUCUUGCCUCUUGAGCUGCACGACGUGCUAAACGCCACAGCGUCGCAGGUGACGUUUGAAGCGAGCCUGGUUUCGGUGAGCGCGAGCGCAGGCACCGUUGACUCCACCGUUCUAGUGGUGACAGACUGGUUAGCAGACGGCGAGCCCAUCAACAUCACCUUUAGUGUUGCGCAGCCGCUUGCGUGUGACCGCAGCCAAUUUUCAGAGCAGCAGCAACAGCAGUUCCUUGGAAGCUGUGCAGAGCCUGCAGACACGAGCACGGGCGUGUGUGCGCUUACCGGCGCGCUCCCGAACGCAGAUGGCCUCUGUGAUGUGCCGGCAACUGGGUGCUGGGCCCACCUUGCGGUGCGAGACAAGCACAUUCACGGUGUGGCGUGCAUCAGCCAGGAGCAGAGCGACAUGGAGACGGACAUUCAUGCCUCCUUGGCAUUGAGUGUGACUGCACAGGCAGACCAGGAUGGCCGCAUCGGCUAUUACCAGGGCCGUGUCACGUGGUCAUUUGACAGCCUGCUAGGGCGAAAGGACGUGGGGGACCUGCUGGACGCAGUUGAAGCAUAUGGCGCUGGGUACACGCUGUACCUGGAGGACAAUGAUGGCGGGGUGUGGCCCAUUGCUGUGAGCAACAGCACCGCCACCACAGGCGUGUUUGAGAUUCGCACAGGCGUGCGUGUUGUAGACGGCGCGUGGUUCACCGUGGUGCCUAGUCGCGUUGGCACAGGCGCCGAUUGGUUGGGCGCGGCUCGCGUGCGUGUGCCGGAUGCCAACGCCACUUCUCCAGCCGACAGGUCACAUGGCGUGUGGCGCUUUGACAGCACAGUCGCCGCUUCGAACGCAACCACAGCCGCAGCAGACGAAGUGCUGGCGAAUGGAUACCUCCGCUUCGAGAACAGCAGCAUGGCAGACGUGGAGCGCCUCGUGAUUUCCAAAACCACUGCCAGUGGCUUGGAUGCGAGUGGCCUGCUUGAAUUCCUUGCCACCCAGGCGCAGCUGAGCAGCGGUGGUUCUGAGCCUGUAACACUGCCGCUGGUGCGGUUCACAGGCUAUCGUACCGGACAGCAGGUGGCAUUCGUGAUUGCGUCGUUGCUUGCAACGGGUGACAACCAGGUUGUGUUUGACCUGCUGCCGCUCAGCGUGUACGAUGGCGCCAUCGCGUUCAUGCUGCAAGCUCACGAACGUGUUGGACUGGAGUUUGUCUUUGGCCAUGGCAGCAACAGCAGCCGUGCGGACGUAAACGCCUGCCCUCCCCACUUUCCGACCAGGGUGGCCGGCGUGGGUUGCGUCGGUCCACACCACGACAUGGCGCUCGCCGAUGACUUGGCAACCCUGCAGGCACCGUCACUUCUGGCGUUUGGCAGUGCGAAUGCUGGUGCUGACGCCGGUGACAUGGUGCAUCAAGCGGACGGAGACAUUGUGUUGGGGACAUAUGCAGAGCUGAACGCUGGCCAAGGCCGCUUCGUGCUUGGGCCAGAGGGGGGCCAGCUGGUGCGCAGUGCCCAUGCGGCAGCAGCAUCGUCGCCGUCAUCGCUCCGCAGCGCCGUGAGCGGCACGUCCGUCCUGGAUGCGCUGAGUUUGGGUGGGGCCAGCGUUGGUCUUGGUCGUGGCAGCAGUGUCGGUGGCGGUGACGCAAGUGAUGGUGCCACAGGGGUGCUGACAGGACCGUUUGGGCUGUGCUUGCCGUUCGGCAACCUGUACAACGUGUCGCAGACCUGCCUUGCGCAGCGCGCGUGCCCUGGCGAUGGGCAGGAGCAAGAGCUGGGCGGCGGGUGCACGCCACUGUCGCUGGAUGUGUCUCUGGCGGCGUUCCGCGACUACGAUGCCGAUUACGGCGAGAUUGGGGGUGCGGUGACCGUGUUUGUGACGACCACCGACCCUGCUGCGCUCGUGGCUCAGGUGCAAGGCAUUGAGGUGCGUGUGCUCAAUGCCAGCGAGUACACGGCAGCGCUAAACCGCGCUGCGCGCAUGGCUGCUGGGAACGUCAGCAGUGAGGUCGCCCCUUCCUCUGUUGCGAACGAUCGCGUGCUUGGGGUGAUGUCGCUGUCACUGGGCGACUUUAUGGACAGCGCCACCACUGCCCGGGUGAGCCUGCCGGUGCCACUCGACACGGUGCUUGGAGAUGGCGUUGCACUGCAGGCCGUGCCGGUGAUGGCCAAGGACUGGGCGCCAGCGCGACAAGUCGCAGCAGAGGUGCCGAUUGUGGACCAGGGCCUGGCCAUCCGCCAGCGCUGGCGCUACACCUUUGCGCAAGUGAAUGUGUCGCGAGGCGGCUUUGUGCACGUCAACAACAACACGGUGGACAGCGUGACGCAGCUCGCCAUCAGCACCGUGGAUGGUCUUGGCGUCUCCAUCGUGGCGGCGCUUGCGGCAAUUGAACAGCGAGCGGCAGCCGUCAGUGCCCUGCUCGCAGGUCGUGCCAACGAAACAGCGUACACAGGCGGUGCGGGUACCAUUGCAGAAUUGGUGAUUGGGCCUCUGGCGAACCUGUACAACACAGGCACGCCGGAAGAAGCAUCAUCAUCAUCAUCAUCAUCAUCAUCAUCAUCAUCAUCAUCAUCAUCAUCAUCAUCAUCAUCAUCAUCAUCAUCAUCAUCAUCAUCAUCGACAGCAAUGAGCGCACAUGAUGUUAGCGGCGGCGGCAGCAGCAGCAACAACAACAACAGCAGCACGAUGGACAGUGCAGGCUCAGCCACCACGGCGUGGCCACAUGUGAUUGUGCGCAACGAAGACGGCCUGGCAAUGGUGUACGCUCUGAUGGGGGUGAACAGCAGCACAGCGGAUGUGUGGGUGCUUGAUGCCGUGCACGUGCUGGUCGUUGACUUGGAAGUGGACGACUUAUUUGACGAGGGAACCAUCGUGGAUGUUGUGCUUGGUGAUGGUGCCAUCAACUGCGUCUCACCAGCCGAGGAAGGCAAUGUGCGGCCCUGCGUCGUGCCUUACCUUGAUGAUGGCCUCGCAUGCGCUUCCGGUACCACCUUCAUUGCUGGCGUUUGUGUGCCUGCAAGCACGGAUCUAGCAACGACGCCCACCAGCAGCACAACGGCUUCCGAUGCAGCUGCCCUUGAAGCUGGUUUUGGCUGCCUUGGCUUUGAGACGCUUGUUGGUGCCUUGAGCGCCGAAACACAAACAGAAACAGAAGAACAAGGCGAACAGGACGCAGGGGACGUCGUUGCGUGGCCAGUGCAGUGUGUGGAUGUGCCUCCAUUUGUGUCGGAGGUGCGCUUGUCCUUGGACGAAGACGCACGCCUCGGUUUUGUGGACCUCGUGCUGUCGUGGGAGAGCGUAAGCGAUGCACGCGUGGACACGUUCGUCGUGUACUUGGGCAAUCUUCCCAGCACAUCCCCUUCGUCAUCGCCGGCGUCUGGCGAGGAGCCGUGGCCACCGACAAGCGAUAAUCUGGCCGACAUCUUGGACUAUGAGCUGGCGGUGGUUGACGCGUCCGCCCGCAACAUCACCCUGUCUGGUGCGCUGCCGCCUGGCGACUGGUCCCUCGCCACUGUCGUGCCUGCACGCAGCACAAAGGGGGAGCAGUUUGUGCAUGGCCAGCGCUCCGGUGUCCUGCGGGACGUGUGGACGACCGACUGGCUGUUUGACAACACGACCACGUCGACGGCUGGCGAUGCGGUGGACUCGGGCUACCUGCGGCUGCUCGGCGGCGAUCGCGUGGAAGACGUACAGCGUGUGGAGAUUUCUCCCACACAGGCGGAUGGCAGCGCCGUUGGCACGCAGUUGCAGCAGUUUGCAGAACACGCGCUUGAGGUGCUGGACCGCAGCAACGUCCUCACGACCAAGGACGACAGCAGCGGGGAUGAUGCGUUUGCGGUGUACUUGCGCCUUGAGGACGUGGAGACGGGGCGGGUGCAAGUGUAUGAGGUGACUGGCGUUGACAAUGCCAACAGCCUGGACCCCAGCGCGCCGUUCACGUUUGACGUGGCGCAGGUGUACUCGGACUAUGGCCCACUCUCGCGCGUGUUCAGCCCUGACAGUCCCGUGCGCGUGUCCUUCAACACCCAGCGGGUGACGGGGUGUGAGCGCGGGAUGCCUGUGCAGGAGUUUACGGACGUCAUGCUGGUUUCGAGCGAGACGGAGACGGCGCUAUCACGCAACGACGGUAUGCUGGUGAGCGUGCCGGUGCUGUCUGUGCCUGUGGACGUGCCUUGCGUGGGAGCACCGAGCAUCUGCCCAAGCACGGGACACGACGUGCAAGUGAAUGCGACGCGCAGUUGUCUGCCAGAUGAGCCCACGUGUCUCAACACGGCGCAUGUGUUUGACACGGAGGACCGCCUGUGCUACUCGCCAGACCGGAGCGUGGUGUCCUGUCCCGUGGACACGGUGCUGACGCAGCAGCGCGGCUGCUCGUUGCAAACGACCUGUGACACUGACGGCCUGGAGACGGUGCGAAGCGACGGCCAGUGUGCAACGGUGCCGCAGUGCCCUGGCUUCUUCGUGCACCCGCCCGGCUCGGCGUCCACGUGCGUGUAUCCUCCGCCGUCGCUGCCGUGUCCGGAGGCCAACCUGACGCUGGUGAGCUACGAUGAGGCCGCCAACACGGUGCGCGGGGAGCUGACCUGGCGCGAUUCCGGCGAUGAGAACACGGAGGAGUGGGCCAUCUACUUCACCCGGGACGGCGUGACGCCGAUUGGCGACGCAGUUGUGGUGCUGCCCGUGGACGUGCUCUCGUAUCAGUUUGAGGCGCAGGCAGACAUCAGCCUGGGCUUGCUGGUGAUUCCAAGGAGCGAGGGCGGGGAGUACCGUGAGGACCCGGCACAUGCGGACUUGCCAGCAGCGAUCAGCGACUUUCUCAACCUCAACAUUGCGAGCGACACGACGCCACUGGACCCGCUGUGGUACAUUGUUGCGGGCGUGGCUGGCGGGGUGCUGCUGUUCUGCUGCUGCUGCUGCCGGCGGCGUGUGCGCCAGGAGCUGGACGCGGACGAGCUCGUGCUUGUGUCGAAGAAGGGCAGCGACAGCGACAGCGAAACCGCAUUUGGACGAUCGACGCAAGGGAAGAAGGCGCCGAAACAGAAGUGCCCAAGUCGCCUGGCGUACGGCGGUGGAGGCGCAGCGCCAUCUGACAACAACGGGGUGUAUGUCGCUGGCGAAGUGGAUGCGAGCGGCCGCAUGCGCUUUGCGGACUUGGACCUGCUGACACCGGAGCACGAGCCCCAGGUCCGGAGACCCGUGCAGCUGCCGCCUGUGGAGGAAGCAGUGCCGUGGCACAAGCGAGAGCGGCGUGCAAGCGAGGCGCCACAGCCGGCAGAUGAAGGUGGUGAUGGAGACGAGGCCGAGUAUCCAACGCGGCUGCGUUCUCAGCGUCGUGGCUCACGCAACCCCUUCAAUCGCCACAGCUUCACCCUACUGGACGAGGAGUCAGCCGAGCAGGGGCGGGAGUACGUGUUUGGCGACCGUGCGUCGCGCAAGGGCUCCGAGACGUCGUUUCAGACGGAGCUUGAGGCGGAGGGGCAGUUCUACCCCACACGGUCAUGGAACGUGUUCAAGAAGUACACCGAGCACCCCGUGCCGCUGCACACGCAGCAAACGAUUCGCCAACGCCACCGCCGCCGCAGCUCCCAGCAACAACAGCAACAGCAACAGCCGUAUGGUGGCGCGCUCGUCGAAGAACCGCCUGCACAGCAAAUACAUGGCAUGGGUGGUGGCCAUGGUGGUGAUGGCGGUCACGCCAGACACGAGCAAGGGGACCGUUUGUUAGAGCGAAAGGAGACGCAGCGGAGAGAGACGCAAUGGGAAAUGGAAGGCACACAGGACAGGCACGAGGUGAAGCGGAGAGAGACGCAAUGGCAGAUGGAAGACACGCAGCCACAAGUCCCCCAGAGGCAAGACGCGCAGAGGCAAGACGCGCAGAGGCAAGACGCGCAGAGGCAAGACGCGCAGAGGCAAGACGUGCAGAGGCAAGACGCGCAGAGGCAAGACGCGCAGAGGCGGGUGCAGUAUCAUCAUCACAACCACCAUCGCGUGCCGACUCGCCGGCGUCGGCCUUCCCAUGACGGUGCACAUGAUGUAUGAUGUGGAGCUGGGAUCGGGGCGUGUGACUGCGUGCCUGUGUGUGGCUGUAUUGCGAGUGAAGUGAGGAGGGAGAGGGUGGCUGCGAGUUCCGUUCAUGUACAUAUGCGUGAGAGAGGUUUGUUUGUGGUGAGAACAGGCAGAAUUUCUCAGUUACAUGUUCAAGUGCUUGGAUGCAUGCACGUUGGAUGGUUGGUGUAUUUCAUUCAUUAGAACAACAGCAAACAAG